AAAUGUUUCUCGGGAGUGGUGGGCUUGGUGCCGGUGGCUACGCUCCCAACCGCACCCCAGCACGGAAAACAAGGCCGAUCCAUUCCGCUAGUUCCACGUCAGACACCACCAGACACUGGCAUGGGCAGUCGCGCCCCCCUCCUUUUCCUGCAUGAUAAUAGAAGCGAUGGCCUGCGGCCUGCAAUUGCAGCCUUUGGCAAAAGAAAUCGCGCGUCGGACGAGAUUAGUCAGUAUUUGCAAUUUUGCAAUCGAUGGCUGCCCUCGGAACUUGCGCGUCGGUGCAGUUUGUGUCAAUGUGUCGCUUCUAUAUAUAAGUUAUGCUGGGCAAGUGUUGCUCACCCUGGCGCUCUUCGCCGUAAAAAUAGUUCCGAGGGUCGUGGUAGUAACGUGCGUCAGAACAUGCACCUGCCUCCUGCCUGGCUGUCUGAAACUAUCUGACGUCCCAUAUAAAUAGCUGACACCGCUCCCAAAUACUACAUCGCUCCUACAUAGCUCUUCUUCGGCUACUGCCACCACCAACCGUCAUCACCCGUCACUAGCCGUCACCACCGCC